AUCUAUAAUUCUGACAUAAUCAUUUAAAAUCUGGAAGCCUUUAGGUUGCCUAAUACAACAUGCAGUUAGACUACAACAGCAAGUAUGCCAACCUCAAGAGUAUUUUCACUGAAAUGAUCUCCCAGUUUCAGACUAUUAAAUCAGUUUAACCAUAUUCUACAUAGUCUUAUUCUACAACAGCUUAAUUUCUAAUCUCUCAAAUGUUAACUAGCAUGAUAAUAAUUCAAACUGCCCUGAUAAAUACAAAGUGUAUGAAGCAACAGAUUAAUUAUAUUGAGAGGUACUAGGUUGCAUUCUUGCUAUCACAAGUGUUGAACUAUAGACUUGUUUAUUUAUAUGCUUAUAAUUUAUAUUUAUAUGAAUUUAUAUGCUCCUUCACCCAUUUUAAUAUAGUAUUUUAAUAUAUAUGAUUAAAGAUAAACAUAUGCCUAUGCCUAAAAAAUAUGCCUUUGUAUAUACAUUAUAUCUAUAAAAUUAAAGAAUAGACAUAAUUAAAGAAAAGACAUAAUGACUGCAGAAGCUUUCAGACAGGUGUAUUGCAUUAUACAACUAAGAAGUGAACAUCUUACCCUGUGGCAUGUGUAAAUAUGUUGACCUUGAAUUUGGAUCAAGAUGGCAAGAGUAAAAGGUCUAAGCCACUUGGAAAAAGGGUUCAUUGUUGAUGCAUGGAUGGAAUGAGAUUCACAUUGCUCAACUAGCUAUUACUUCAACAGUAACUAAAAUGACAUCUGCAUUUAGCUCCAUGGAUAAGACAAAGACCCUGAUGUGAUGUGAUGCUUGUGCAUUACAUGGACAGGGAUUUUAAAGUAGGGCUGCGGUUAAGCAUAAACAUCUCAUUCAAAGAAGAACUCUGGUCUAGAGAGCUGUUCUCAGAUCAGUGGUGGAAAGAGUACAAAACAUAUUGUGAAAGUACUGGAACUGUAGUAAUAAUUCACUGGCGCAAUCCCAGCUUGUUAGAACAUUGGAUCAGACUGCAGCCAUGAUAUGGUGCCCCCAAAGACAGGGUUAAGGGCCUCAAGGGCCCAACAGUGGCAGCAUGGCAGUGCCAGGGCUUGUACCGCCGAUCUUUGGAUCAGUAACCUAGAGCCUUAACCACCGAGUCACCACUCUAUACUACCAUAGUAAAACCAUUGUAGUAUUGUAGCUACUAUGAAGUACCAUAGUAAAACCCUACUAGCAUCAUAGUUACCAUGAAGUACUAGAGUAAAACCAUGUCUUGGUUACCAUGAAUGACGUCAACUGGCAGUGUGAUAGUUACCAUAAUGUACUAUUGUAAAACCCUACUAGCAUCAUAGUUACCAUAAUGUACCAUAGUAAAACCAUGGUAAUAUCAUGGUUACCAUGAAAGACUUUAGUAAAAAUGAUAGUGUCAUAGUUACCUUGGUUGGAAUUUAGUAAAACUGUGGAAUUUCAUAGGUACCAUAAUGUACCACAGUAUAACCAUGGUAAUAUCAUGGUUACCUUGAAGGAAUUUAGUAAAACUCUGGUAGCGUCAUAGUUACCAUAAUGUACCACAGUAAAGCCACGGUAAUGUCAUGGUUACUUCGAAGGACUUCAGUAAAACUGUGGAAUUUCAUAGUUACCAUAGUGUACCACAGUAAAACCAUGGUAAUGUUAUGGUUACCAUGUAGGACUAUAGUAAAAAUGGUCGUGUCAUAGUUACCAUAAUGUACCACAGUAAAACCAUGGUAAUGUCAUGGUUACCUUGAAGGACUUUAGUAAAACUGUGGUAGUGACAUAGUUACCAUAGUGUACCACAGUAAAACCAUGGUAAUGUCAUGGUUACCUUGAAGGACUUUAGUAAAACUGUGGUGGUGUCAUAGUUACCAAAGAGUACCAUGGCAAAACUGUGGUUGUAUCAUGGUUACCGCGAGGUACCAUAGUAAAACCAUGGGUAACCAUAGUAAAUUUUCCUAAGGGUAUACUGUAUAUGACAUUACUGUGAAUGAUAGACAUUACAGACAUUCGUGGUCUGUGCUGGUUUCUUUCCAUUGACAGGGUACAGAGGUGCUGACAAAUAGCGCUUAGCAACAGAUGGACUACAGUCAGUAACCGUAUACCUACGACGUGCACCUCUGUUGUAGACGUAGCUGAUAAAAUGGCCAGCCUAGUAGGCUGUUUUGUGUUUAACUCUUUACCUAACGGCUUUCUGCCACAGGCUAGCGCUUGCCCAAUGCAGAAGCACGUGACCGGAGAUUAACCAAUCAGACCGUAGUGACGCAGCGCUACGAAAUUUGAACAUUAUUGUGCAGCCAAUGGCGUCGUGUUUGAGGGGCAGCGCUGCCGUUUGAAACACGUCCACAAAGGAAGUAGUUAGAGAGCUAGAAGUUAGCUAACUGGUGCGUUGGAACGGAAACAUUAAUGUUGUUCAUAUAGAAGACGGUUAUAAUUCGUAUUAUGUGUAAAUGCAGACGGAGGAAUGUUAAAUGCGUCAAAAUGCUGAACAGGUAGGCGGGCUAGUUAGCUAAUAGCGCGCAUAUUGACUGUAUAGCAACAUAGCGUUAACGUAAACGAGAUAGCUUACUGUAUGUAGCACCACUUUUCCAGGUGAUUAGCCGGGUUAUGGUUAUGCAGUGAAAGACGAAUAUAGCUCGCUGUAUCAACUGAGAGCACACACGUUUGUUUAGCGUUACUGGUUUUGUUGAAGAGUUUCUUGCAGUCUAUGGGAAGGGAGUAAGAUUAGCUAAAACCGCACACUUGUGCAGUGUACGUGAUAUAGGCGUUUGUUUUCUAUAGACGUCUCUGAGCACCUUGUUUGCUAAAUCUAGCCUAAAUAAGAAGCUAGGCAAGUGAGUUCAAUUCCGAAAGAAGAAGAAGAAGAGGAAGCAGCAGCAGUAUGAAGACUGCAGAGAGAAAUGUGGUGCGUCUUGCAGUAGUUCAGCAUCUUCGUGCAACUUUCGCCAUCAAGACGAAGAACUGGAACAAAUGCAAAAGCAGCAAGUCUACAGCAGGCAAUGGGGUGAAGGUCUUUGGAGUGGCUUUAGAAAGUCUACCACAUUGUCAUGUGCUAGACUACGGAGAUAUCCCCUGCUUCCUAGUGGAUGCCUGUACAUGCCUUCUGGGGCAUUUGGACACAGAGGGCCUGUUUAGAAAAUCAGGAGCUAUUGUUCGAGUGAAGGCGCUUAGGGUAAAGUUGGAUCAGGCCGAAGAGUGCCUGUCCACCGCGCUGCCGUCAGACAUAGCGGGACUCCUGAAGCAGUUCUUCAGGGAGCUGCCUGAGCCUCUUCUGGCCACAGACCUACAGAGCAGCUUUCUAAAAGCCCAGGAGCUGCCCACUUUGGAGGAGAGGACUUCAGCAACCCUCCUGCUGUCCUGUGUGUUGGCGCAAGAGAAUUUAAACACUCUGCGCUACUUCUGCAGCUUCCUGAAAAGGGUUUCUCAGAGAUCUGCUGAAAACAAGAUGGACAGCAGCAAUCUUUCUGUCAUUUUCGCCCCAAACCUCUUUCACUGGGGGGACGGAACAGAGAAAGUGAACGCCAGCACAGAGAAGAGACUAAAGCUUCAAGCUGCUGUGGUGCAGUGCCUCAUAGAUAAUGCUCAGGGUCUAGGUGUGGUACCAGAUUUCCUUAUGGCCAAAGUUCCAGCCAUGCUAGGUUGUGAAUCAGGAGUGUUUUCCCCUUCAGAUGCUGUGGAGGAGGGAAACACACCCUCGGGUGUAAAGAGAUGCAGGCGCAGUUUAGGAGAUAUGGUAAAUGGAGCUCUGACUAGGUUAAAAAGUAAUAGAACCCCUUCAAAUACAUCUCACCCUGAUGGAACAGUCAUUUCCACUGGUACCCCUGUUGUUGGAACCCCUAAGCGCAAACUGCCUCUAGAGUCUGGACACAGUUAUGGACUCUCCAACAAGAAGCGCAGGUCUAUCAAGAACCUCGGGCUGGAACUACUACCAAAUGCAUUUUUUGGAGGAAUCUCCACCCCUGGAUCAGUCCACAGUGCCUCAGGAACCCUGGAUUCAUGUGGCUCGCCCUCAGUCAGUAAAAGUAGCCGUCUGACUGCCAGCUCAGCACGAAGAAAGAGCAAAAGACUGAACCACAGAAACGUUAACAGGGUUGAGUCAGGAAAGGCUGGCUGCUUUUCUCCAAGGGUGGCCAAAAAAGAGACAACGAGAAAGUCCCUGCGUCUGCGCUUCAGCCUCGUAGGGAAAACCACCCGAGAUAGUAGUGUCAUUUCAAAUUCUCUACCGGUGCCAAAGGGGUCAGAGGUCAUUGGCUGGCGCCUAGCGACACAAGAGAGCGUCACCAGUUUUCACUUCAAAGACGCUGCAUUUAGUCCAGCUGUACUGGCAAACAGUACUUCACAAGGAACCAAAUACUUCAGUAAAUCCGAAGACAACCUGCUGACCCCUCGUGAGGCAGAAGAGCCCGGGACGUCCUGGAGUAGGGAGACUCUAGACGGAAUCACAGAACACUCUUUCUCCGACACGCCAAUGAACGCAUACCUCAGCUACCGCUCAGAGCCAACCAUAGUCAUCAGCAAACCAGCUGUAAUCAGCACCAUUCCGAAGAGCCUCUGCUGUGCUACUAGUGCUGAGAGCUUAGCUAGUUCAGAUUCUUUCCAAGAGGCCGGCUCUCAGGCAGCUCCUGAUCUUCUGAAGGUCAGUGGAGCUUUUGCCAAAUCUGACAGUAAGGGUCAUACUACUGACAGAGAGGAACCCAAAGAAAAAACAGAGGAAUCUUCAUGUGCAAACGAUAUCCCUGCUUCUUCAAAUUCCUCUUCACUUUUACAAACUUCAGGUGAACUAAAGAAAAAUGUUGAAACACCACGGAAGGUUUUGAAGGAUGAUGAGCAUAUCAUCACUUUUGGACAAACUGAGCUUGUUCCCUUGUCUCCUCUGCAUAUAGACAGUACUUUGUUUGAAGCUGCAGAGAGUUCAGGUGUAGUCAAAGAUACCCACAAGGCCUCUGUGAGUGCUGACAAUGAGAGCAGUUUGCUGUUUAGAGACAGCUCAGCAGCUUGUGCAGACUGCAGCCAGCUGAUUGAUGCUCUAGACAUCCAAAGCCCUGUGGCCUUCAGGCUCAACAGCUCAAUCACAGUUCAGUCUACACCGUUUUCAGGAAGAGAGCAAACAGAGGAACUCAAUACCUCGCAGACUGAGAAGUUCAAAGAGCCAUCGUUGUUGGAAAAGUCUUCAAGUCACCAUGGAGCCACACUUGGUCCCAUGGAAACACGUAAAAUGAGAGUGGCUGACCAUGUCCAGCGUUUCAACAUGCUGACACUCAGUUCGCCCCAAGCCCAAGCCCAAGCUCAAGCUCGAUCUCCUUUGAAGUUCCAACGAACACCCGUACGGCAGUCAGUCAGGAGGUUCAACUCUCUGAACCAGAGGAAAGACAACAGGUCUGGGUGGUGUGCUACAAGUCAAGGUUCCUCCAUGAUUAAAGCAGUUAGUGUAGAAGGUGGCCAUUUCAGUGGACUUCAACAACAACCUCAACCUUGUGAGGUCUUCUGCCUGCCUCCUAAUGAUAAUGAAGGCUCUUCAAAGACAAAGCUACCAGUGUCUUCCCAAAAGCCAGCCAACAGUAGGCACUGUGCCUUGGGAGAUGUAACCAAUAGGGUGGCACCCAAGACCAAGGGCAGUGGAUCAUCAUCAGCUCCCAAAUGUGCCACAUCUGAAGUGGCCGAGUCUGUCCUGCUUCAAGCAGCUGAGAAAGGGUACCGAGGUUCACCCAAGACCCCCCUUACACACGGCACACUUCUCUCCGCUAUGAAGCCAAUAGAUCUGUAAAAGUACAGUACAACUGAAAUGAGUCUUUUCGACUUAUUGCUUUACAAUUUCUUUUUCAGGGGUAAUUUAUUUUGUGACAUUGCUUUGAAGCUGUUCUUGGUUUAGUGUAGUUGCGAUAUAUAUUCGUUCUGUCUAGCCAUGACAUUAGUUAAGUUAUGCGCCAGAAAAAAAUGUGAUGAAAACAGUGAACAUUCAGAAGCAACCUUGUGCUUCCAUGGCUUUCUUUUUGUACUGCAGCAUUUCUUUUUGCAUUAUGAUUUUUACUUCAAUCAUCUUUUGAACUCUGCUGUUCAGGGGUUAUCUAGGCCCAGUUUUGAACAAUGAUGGAACAUUGGUCUGGACGUUUAUUAAUUUAGCAGAAGCUAAACUAAUAGCGGGUGGUGUUUUGACAGAGGGCUUAACCACACUUUGUUAAAGAAGUGAUAAGAUCUUCCGUAUCUGACGUAAGUGAAAGAUUGAAUAUAGGAAUUGAAAGUGUAAAGUGAAAGGAUUCACCUUAGAGUUGCUGUCUGUAUUUUACUUGACUGUACAGUACGUCUGUGUGAACUGGAUGGAAGGAUUUUAGAUAGCAGUCUUGUUUACGUUCUAUUUAUUUGCUUUUUAUUCCAAACGUAAUGGUUAAAGUCUUAAGCAGUGAUGUUAAUGAGAGUGGUGAAUAUACUGUUGUGUGUGAAGAAGGCUUUGUAUGAAUGGAACAGUAUGACAGAUUCAUUUUAUUACAAAUUUCAAAAUAUCAAAAAUGUGGUUAAUCUGUUAUGUAUAAUGCUUAUGUCCUGGAAAUUUUUAUGAGCAUAAAAUUCAGUUACAAACCCAUGUUGCAGUCACGUGAAGUUCCUUUGUACACCACAGUAUGGCGCUCUACGUUUUAAGAGUUCCUCUGCUGGGACUUCUUAAGAGAAAUGCCAAUGUGUGCAUAAUUGAAACCAAAGUAAUGGUUAUUUAACAUAAAGGGCAGUCAUGUUAAAAAGCCACAAAGCAGAUUAGAGAAUAACAAACCAACCUGAGCACAGAAUUCUCUGAAAGGCUUAGGGAAGAAAUUCAAAAUACGUAAUACGUUUACACAGAAUGGGCAGAACAUCAGCCUUCUGGUCCUGAAUCCUGAAUACACAAUUUGUUACUUCAGUAUUUUUAUAGCUUGGUGAACAUAAAGGGCACUAAUAUUAAAUAUGCUAAAGCUUGAGAGAUGCUGUACAAAUGACUAAGGGUUGAUGCCUCAGGUAUUAUGUAUAGGGUUUUAUACCGCAGUGCUGAUUGCUUAAUUUUCUAUAACAGCAGGCAGCUGUAAUUCAGAUCACAGGUUUAUAUUCAUCUGCUCGUUCUAAUAUCAUUUCUAUAGUAACAGCUCAUUUACAGGAUGGCAGAUGAUCUACAUAACCUUAGGGUAAUAAUAAAUGGAAUUAAAAUGUGUUAUUUAACCAAAGAAUAAUGUAUAAUCAUUGUUAUGGUAAAGUUUUCUUUUAGGAGAUGCUUAUUCAGCAUUUAUGGAAGGCGCCAGCACUUUGUAAGUCAGGAAGUUUUCUGCCAUUGGAAAGUCUUCAUGACUGAGGACAUUGUCCUUUCUGGUUUCUCGGAAACAUGCUGCGUUGUUUUUAUCAUCAUCAUUAUUAUUAUUAUUAUUAUUAUUAUUAUUAUUAUUAUCAUUUCCAAGAAUAAAAAAAGAACCUGGUGAGGGAACGACUCAUAUAGCUGCUGUAACAGGAAGUAACCUGUCUUGCAGAUGUUCCACAGCAUUAAAUUAAAUUGUUAAGUAGCAUGACGUCAUUCAUUAAUAAAUUAGAAAUGUAAUUUUUGGCAGAUUGCUGUGGUAUAAAGUGGAAUAAAUCACUUCGGGGCAUGCUGUAAUAGGAAAAACAAUCCACUUCAGCCACUAUCACAACACCUGUAUUAGAUUCUUUUCCUUACAUGAUUUCUAAUCUGAUAAACAACUAUUCUUUACUAAGUGUCUUCAGAAGUGUUCCUCCUUCAUGCAACAUGGUUUGAUAUGCAAAUGCUCGUGACGAUAUGAUAAUUAUGCAAAUUGAUCUAUGGUGUCAUCCGGGUGACUUUUUUUUAAGCACGCAUUAGCUACUUCAGUCUGAAAAGAGUUGGCAACACUGACCGAAUAUCCAACAGAGCGAAUGACGUCAUGCACCAAUCAGCGAGUUCAUGCGUAACGGAUGCGCAAGUGCUGAAAGUUUAGUCACGUCUCCUUUAUUUAUACAGCACAUUAAAAAGACAGCAAGAGUCUGCCAAAGUGCUGCACAAUGAGAUCACUUCAUGUCAAACAGAAAUGAAAUGAAUAGAUUGAUAAAUGAAUGAAUGAAUGAAUAAAUCAAAAGCAGGGGUCGGGUCCGCCUAAAGCGUGUAACUGCGUGAUUUUUACGCACACGUGCAGAUACAUGGCGGGUCCGAGUCUGGGAGCUGACUGGCUGUGGCCUUGCUGACCGUGUAGCUGUAGAUCUCCAGGGUGAUUUAACUACAUCCGCCCGAGUGUAAUGGAGCGCACUCAGGCCUCCCUUCAGCUCCUGCCUUAUUAAAGUCAUGCAUGUAGUAACGUUGCGGAUGGUUUCAUUCCCAUUAGAGGGGAUUUGUACGCAGUUUGCCUCUGAUCUGCCUGAUAAAUUAGCAGCACAGGAACUUGACUCGGUGAAAAAAAGACAGUCUGGGCAUCUCGGGUUGGUUCUUUUAGAGGCUUCUUCUAGCUUUAAUCUGUGAAUUUCUGUGAAAUGUGUUUCCUGUGAAUGUGAGUGUGACCCAUGCAGGCUGUGGUCACCAAAUCCUGUUUAAGGACAAUUAGUCCCUCUCCUCUGUUACUGCUUGGGUGCAUAUGAAAAGCAUCAUCAGUAGGAAAAUCAGUAAGUGUUUGAUAAAAUCAUACUCUCCAGGACCACACUGAUGAAUGUAUUUUAUUUAUCAUCGCUUAAUAU